AUGCUAUAUCAAUGUGUAUAUAUACACCUCCUCAAACAUACAGACAUUCGCGCGGCCGAUCGAUCGUUGUUUUUUCGAAAGGAUUGCCUUGGAUUACACUGUGCAUCAGCGCAGAGAUGGACUGCUACCACCACCAACGAACCUCUGUAUUUUCAUUUUCCCUCAACCGAUGCGUUGAACACAUGGAUGUCCCUUUUACGGUCAUACGCCAGUCCAGAGGUUUAUGGAAAGGCUAUUUCUCCUGCUGAUGGUGGACUUUAUCGCAUCUGGCGACAGGUCGAGCUCACAUGUGUACAAGGGCGCAACAUUGGUACCGUACAAAUUCUCGACGAAGGGCCUCACAACUCAGUAGGGCCACCGGAUGACGAAGCCAAAGACGAUGAUGCGGUUGAUCUGGAUCUGUUCUGCGAGGUCUAUUUCAACAACGUACUUUCUGGGCGCACGGUAGUCAAAAAGAGCCUUGGAGCGCCAGACUGGCAUGAAACCUUCACGUUUGCCGAUUUACCCUCUUUUGAGAAGCUCGCUGUAGUCCUUUGGCACGAGAAGAAAUUUAUGAAACCGUCGCUGAUCGGAACAGUAUACGUCACGCUCACAAAUUUCCGUCGCGGAGAAUGUAUAGAAGGCUGGUUUCCAGUUCUUCAUGGCGCGUCGACUUCGUCCAGUAUCCAGGUUGGUCAAAUCCGUCUCAAAAUCAAGGUGGACGAGGAAAUCAUCUUACCUCGUUCUGCAUACACCGGAAUCAUGAAUACGCUCGACUCCCGAAACUACUUAGAUUGGAUGCGUGACAUUGAGCUCGAACUCAAGAUGAAGCAUCUGUCCAUCGAGCUUGUCUCAAUAGCUGUCGCCAAGGAUAUCUUGUCUCAAAGCGUUUCUGAGUUAGCUGAUCGUGAGGUUGAUGCGCAUAAUACCCUCUUUCGCGGAAAUACCGUGUUCACAAAGACUGUUGAGCUGUUAAUGGCAUGGUAUGGAAAGGAUUUUCUAGAUGCCAGUAUCGGCGACACCAUUCGCCGCAUCUGUGCCGAAAGUAUUUCCAUCGAGGUAGACCCACUUCGUAGUAGCAAGGGAGUCAAGGACAUUGAACGGAAUGUUGAACUUCUCGUUCACUGGUGCCGGCAAAUAUGGAAUCAGAUAUACUCUGUACGAACGGAGUGUCCAAACGAAAUGCGUCGAUUAUUUGAACGCAUCCGUCAGCUUGUCGAGCAGAGAUACAAGGUCACACGGAAUAGCGAAGACCGAAAUCGGGAACUACCAUGGCAAAGCGUUUCGGCGUUUUGCUUUCUCCGAUUUAUUGUUCCAGCUAUCCUGCAUCCUCACCUGUUUGGGCUUUGUCCAGGACUUCCUGAUGUUCCAGUGCAACGUAGUCUUACAUUGAUCGCAAAGGUCAUCCAGAGUCUUGCUAAUUUGAACGCUGUCGUGCAGAAAGAAGAAUUCAUGCGUGGCGUCCAAUCAUUCUUGGAGGACAGUCUACCCGCGAUGGUGGAUUACAUUCUCGUGGUUUCAACUACGAGUCCACACGAUAAUCCCGCAUCAGCGUCGGAAGAGUCGCGAGAACGGCACAAAGCGGUCAAGGUCCUACAGGAACGGGUCGAAGCAAUGCCUGCACUCUAUCGGGAAUCCAUUCCUCUCUUGCCAUACCUCCUUGAUAUCCCUCGUCAUCUCGCUGUCAUCACAUCUGCGGUCCUACGCUAUUCACGGGAAUCGCCAUCCUUACACCACCCUCCGUUGGAGGAAUUUUUGAGUCGUUGUAUUGAUAUUGAGCAACAGGCCUUAUUUCGCGUCAGUAGCCUUGUAGAACGAGGUGGCAUGGACCAAGUACCCCCUUCCUCUCAGUCCAACUAUAUGGGCUCGCCAUUGACCCCUCAUAUAUCUGGAGACCAAACCCCCUCACGACUCCGCAAGCCUUCUCAUUCAUCUCGUCCUAUGACUGCGCCACCAGUCACCAGUGAUUCAGCAGACUCGAGAGAGAUAAUCACAGAUUCUCACUUUCCACAGAGUCACAAUCUAGUUCAUACUCGCGGUCAGUCUAACUCUCAAGUGAACAUAUCUGGAGGGCCGAUUUCACCAAUCGACCAAGCUCUGGAAGGAGGAAGUUGGCCAAUUCGGAAACGCCUUCCACCCUCGCAUCCUAGAUCUAUAUCUACAGAUUCUAUCCCGGCAUUCAAUAAGGCUCGAAUCAUACCUCCAAUAGAUAGGCCAUCAUCGCCUACCAUCGCUGCUCACUCACACGAAGAAGAUAACGGGAGGCGAAAGAAUAAGGGCAUAUUGCGGGGCUUCCUUGUUCGAAAAUAAAGAGAGUUGAUGAGCAAUGUGUAUUGUCGUCGGCGAAUCCCCGAGCAUCUCCCGUGUUAAAUUG